CCUUAGAUCCCGACCACCAGUGGAUCGCCCUUCCGUCAGACAACAGCCCAGGCCCUAAACACCAACGAGAUCCAUCAAAGCCCUUCCGUGACAAAGCAAAUUUCUUCUCCUGUCUCAUUCCCUCCAUCCCCUAGCAUCAUCAUCAUCACCACCGACCCCGUCCCUGCCACAAUCCCACCCUGGCGAUUUUUGCUGCCCACCAAACCGGGCCUUGCACCUUUUUCUCUCAUUGCCUUCCGACCCUCCUCCCAUGGGAACCCCGGCCAAGAGUGCCGUCAUGGCCAAGGACCGCCGCAAGUCGGCAACAAAAUCUAAUGGCAGCAACGCCCCCCGAAGCACAAGUCCUAGCAAUGGCAAGCCCAGCCUCACUGUCACUCUGCACGUGCCUGGCGAGAAGCUUAGAGCGAUUGUCGACCCCGCCUCCCUCGUGAAGGAAGAGACGCCGACAAAGGACGCGAAAGACUCCCCAGCCACGUCGACAACGCUUCCUGCCGCAACUGUCUCGGGCGGCGAGAAUGCCUCCGACUCGAACCCGCCUACUCCUGCUGCCAGCGGAACACCGGCCCCACAGCCCAUGGGUCCCCCGACCGAGGGUCCAAAGAAGAAGGGAGCCAAGAGAAGUGCUCCAAAUGCCAAUGGCGAGCCCAAGUUGAGAGGCAAGCCCGGGCCGAAGAAGAGGAAGUUGGACGACGGAGCAGUCGAAGGCGGCAGAGCGAACGGCCUAGGUGCAGGCCAUAGGCUUGGCCCCAAGGCGAAUCAAGGUGCUAUCAACGCGGGCCUCCGAGCACUCGACCGCUCAGGCAAGCCUUGCCGGAAGUGGAACAAGGGCGGAUUUACGCUAAAGAGCUUCACCGGUGUCGUCUGGGAGGUUCCACGGUGGACCGCCCCUCCCAAGCCAAAGCCGGCAGCCGCGGAGGAGUCGACCUCGACAUCGGCCGAAGGGAGCAGCAAGGAGAACAAGGAGAACAGCCAGAUGAAGAGCGACAACAGCAAUCACGACGCCGAUGUCGAGAUGCAGAGUGCCCCGAGUGUCGCUGCCGCAAACUCCCCAACGCCGCUGCCUAUCCCUGCAGCAUAGACUUGUUGGCCAACACCCCAGUCUCCCGUUGCUGUUUUUUUCUUCUUUUUUUUCUGUCUCUCUCUCACAACGUGGGUUCUUUUUUGGAGUUCAGGUCGCUUCGGGUUGUCCAGGCAUUCCCUGUGCGUGAUCCUCCGCUGUGCGAUAAUAAAAGACAAGGCAUUUGUCUUUGGCUGGGCAGGUCUUGAACCCCCCUGACCGGCUCGUGAGGCGUUUUCGGAUGGCAUUGCAGCCUCGCAGCUGUAGGGGAUUCGGAGUCUGGCUUCAUCGGUUCUGGGCAUUUGUACACUACUAAGGAAUAGGGGACACAAGGUAGCUGGUACGGCUGGA